AUGAAAGUCAUCUCCGACUCGGCCAUUACGGCAUACCUUAUGGAAAAUUUGGACAAAGAUACAAUCCUAAAUGUUUAUGUUCCCUUGCUUCUUUCGGGCCUCACCAAAUUUCAGCAGUUUCCCGACGCAGUUCCAGAACGCACGGUACGAGUUUCCACCACCCCAGACUCGGAUUCCACCCAUCUUUUUAUGCCUUGUAUACUACCGGAAAUUGUAGGUGUUAAGGUCAUCAGUGGAGGCCCCUCGAAUCUGGCGAAAGGCUUGGGAUUCCAGGGCAAUGUCUCGGUGCUCGACGAGUAUCUGGGUGAAUUAUUGGCUGUUUUAAAUGCAAAGACACUCACGGCCUUCCGCACAGCUUUGGCCAGCUGCGUGUCCAUGGUCAAGGUGUUUGAUCCCAAAUUGGCGAAUGAAAAUUUGUUGUCUUUGCUGGUUUUUGGCGCCGGGCCCCAGGCGUUCUGGCACGUGAUCUUGGCCACCAGACUCUAUCCUAAUCUAGCUCAGGUGAACAUCAUCAGCCGAACUUCUGAAUCUGCAAAAACGCUUGCACACAAGCUCCGCGGUGUGAUCACCCAAAAGUUGCUUGUUUUUGGCUUUGAAGACGUUUUGUCCAUUGAGGCAAGUGUCAGGGAAAGCUCGCUCAUCUUUGGUUGCACGCCUUCCACGGACGCCAUAAUCAAAAGCACGUAUAUUAAUUCUGAUCCAGGAAAAACGACAUUUGUAUCUUUAAUUGGCUCGUACAAGCCUCAUAUGAUUGAGCUUGACUUGCAGUUUCUCCGUGAGUUUUACACGGGCCAGAGCACCAAAAUUAUCGUCGAUUCCAAGAGCCAUUGUCUUUCGGAAGCCGGUGAGUUAAUUCAGGGCAACAUUUCGGAGAGCCAAUUGAUUUCGCUCACCGAGCUUGACGAGAAGUCUGUGGAUAUAAAGGAUAUCGGGAAAAGCAGAUGUGGGGUUGUUUUGCAAAAACUAGUGGGUCUUCUGGUGAUGGAUAUAGUAGUCGCAAAGCAUUUUGCCCGGCAUAUCGAGGGCCAUGCAAUUGAUGAUUUCUAG